CUUACACUGCACAAUCUCAUUCUUCUUCCGUUACGAUAACAGCAGACAAACUACUGGUAUUUCCUCAGGCAAUGGACAAUGUGGAUCUGAGUGACCCUCCAGCUGGUCUGGAAAGUGAGUUCCGUACCCUGCUCACACCAGAUGCAAUCCAUUUUCUGGUUCAGCUUGUUUCUACUUUCAAUAACGAUGUUGACAAGAUUCUGUGGCAUCGGACAGCACGGAAGUCUAAUCUUGACUUGAAUAAUAGCUAUCCUGACUUUUCAUUGGAAACUGCCCAUAUUAGACAUGACACAAGUUGGAAAGUAGCGGAGGUUCCUGAAAGACUACAGAACAGACAUGUAGAUAUUGGAGAUACAGCACCAUGCCAAACAGAACGGUUUCACAGGGCUCUGCUGUCCUCUGCACAAGGAAUUCAGGUGGACUUUGAUGAUGGUAACUGUCCAACAUUCUUCAAUCAGAUCAAAGGAAUUUUUAAUGUAUACCAAGUUAUUUAUAACAAUGUGCCAGGUAUACCCCCUAUCUCAGAAGCUCCAGUGUUAAUGUUAAGACCAAGAGCUUGGAACAUGGUGGAACACAAUAUGCUGGUAAAUGGCAGAGAGAUCCCAGGUCCGCUCUUUGAUUACGGUCUACUUAUAUACCAUGCUGGCACAAGACUUUAUGAGAGCGGAAGUGGCCCUUUUUUCUAUUUGUCAAAGGUGGAAAGCUUUUUAGAAGCCAGACUUUGGAAUCAAAUAUUUGUGUGGACAGAGGAAAAGUUAAACUUAUCCCUCGGAAGCAUUAAGGCCACUGUGCUGAUUGAGAGUGUCCUGGCUUCCUUUGAGAUGGAAGAAAUCCUCUAUGAGCUGAGAGACCAUUCUGCUGGAUUAAACUGUGGCAUCUGGGAUUACUCAGCUUCCUUUGUCAGCAAGUUUGGCCAUCGUCUGGAGUUUUUACUGCCUGAUCGCAGUAAGUAUGUGAACAUGGAGAAACAUUUUCUUAAAAGUUACAUGGAUUUAUUGGUGCAGACAUGUCAUCGGAGAGGUGCUUUAGCUACAGGAGGAAUGGCGGCUCUUCUGCUGCCAGAAGACAAAGAGAGUGCAGAGUAUCAGAGUGUCACUGCUGCUGUUACACGCCUGAAACGUUUUGAAAUCAAUGCAGGAGUGGAUGGAUUCAUGGUGUAUGACAUAGACCUUGUCGUACCAAUGCAAAAGCUUUUCAUGGAACACACCAAUGGACCCAACCAGUUAGAUGUUAUUCCACCUGUGGACAUCUCCCAGACUGACUUACUGACCAUGCCUGCUGGAGGAGUGACACUGUUUGGUCUGAAGUACAAUAUCGCUGUUGGCAUCCUGUUUAUUGACGCCUGGCUUAAAGGCGAAGGACAUUUCUACUAUUGCGGAAAAGUGGAGGAUUCAGCCACAGCAGAAAUAUCCCGAUCUCAGGUCUGGCAGUGGAUAAGGCACCAAGUGAAGUUAGAGGAUGACAGCAGAACAGUCACAAGGAGCCUGGUCCAUGCCCUAGUACAGGAAGUAGAGUGUCAGCUUGAUGAUGAGUCACACCUUUCUGAUCGAGAGAAAAAGAGGCUGCACACUGCUGCUGAAAUAUUUACUGAAAUUGUUCAAAAAAGAGAUUUUCCUGAAUUCAUCACUACAUACCUCAACUUGGAGCAUACAUUCCUCUGCGGUAACUUCUGAGUAUGCUGGUUGUAGUUGAAGCAAUGAUACAAAGUAAAAAUAUAAUUUUGUUCUGUGCAUUAUUGCAAUCAUUUUCAGUAGUCUAGAUAAAUCAUUGAAAUAAAUUGCUAUACUUAUUGGUAGUAUCAACUAAUUAAAAAUGCUCCAAAAUGGAAUGCCAAUUUGAUUAACAACAAA